UAUAAGGCAAAGGCAGUUCUUGAUCCAGCAUAACAGCCUACAGGUGUGUCUCUUCCAGCCAGAUUCUGUCUUACUGUUCACCUCAGACCGGAUCUUCUAAAACCAUGCUCCGCUUCAGACUCAGCACCACACUGUUGCUGGCAGCAGCAUGUUCGCUCAUGACAGCAGUUGUCUCCACAGAGAGAGCUAUCACUUGUGGCAGCGAUGGGAAUGUCCAGCACCUGAGCUGUGAUGACGGAGUGAUCAGUGUGCAGACAGCACUGUAUGGACGUGCAGACGCUGUGACCUGCAGUGAGGGAAGACCUCCGGCACAGCUCGCUAAUAAAAACUGCUCUCAAGCGGGCACAGUGGACGUCAUCAAGAAAAGGUGUGAUGGCAAGAGGGAGUGUGAACUAAACAUCAACGUUUUUUAUACCUCUGAUCCCUGCUAUGGCACCUACAAAUACCUGGAAACCACCUACACCUGCCUCCCAGCAAUUCACCUUGUUGCCUGUGAGGGCUCUUUGGCGCAACUCCAGUGUGAUCAAGGACAGGUUAUAUUUGUGUAUGGUGCUGACUAUGGACGUCGUGACCAGACCACCUGCAUUUACCAACGGCCUCCCAAUCAAGUUCAAAAUAUCUACUGCUCAAGGCCCACACGCAAAGUUGCUGACAGCUGUAAUGGAAAAAACAACUGUACCAUCGCAGCGAGCAACUCUGUGUUUGGAGACCCCUGCGUCGGCACCUACAAGUAUCUGGAGGUGGCUUCCACAUGUUAUUUCCAAUCUGGUUUUCGCCCCCUCCACAGCACAGAAACCGCUCUCCUCAAAGUCCUCAACGACCUCCUCACCUCUGCUGACAUUGGUUCCCUCAACAUCCUUAUCCUCCUCAACCUGAGUGCAGCCUUCGAUACCGUGAGCCAUAACAUCCUGCUCACCAGACUAGAAGACCUCGGUAUUGAAGGUACUGUACUCAGCUGGCUCCACUCCUACCUUUCCAAUGGAUCCCACUUCAUCUCUCUCCAUAAUCACACCUCUGCCACAGCCACAGUCACUCAAGGUGUUCCCCAAGGCUCUGUACUCUGCCCCCUCAUCUUCAUCAUCUACAUCCUCCCUCUUGGUCAGAUACUCCGCCACUUCAACCUGGACUUCCACUGUUACGCUGAUGACACCCAGAUCUACCUCAGCACCAAAUCCCCUCACAAUCCUCCCCUCUCCCACAUCAACUCCUGUCUGUCAGCUAUUAAAACCUGGAUGCAACACAACUUCCUCAAACUCAACAGCGAUAAAACAGAAUUCUUCCUCAUAAGCUCCAAAUCCACUCUCAGCAAAAUCAAUAACCCCACUCUCACCAUCGAUGGCACCAUUGUCUCCCCAUCUCCCCAGGCCCGUAACCUUGGUGUGAUCUUUGACUCCACCCUCUCCCUUGAGCCCCACAUCCGUCAUAACUCCGCCGCCCGACUCAUCACCCGCUCCAAAUCCUGGUACCACAUCACUCCAGUCCUAAAACAACUCCACUGGCUUCCUAUCUCCCACCGGAUCACCUACAAAAUCCUGGUCCUCACCUACAAAGCCCUCCACCAUCUGGCCCCCUCAUACCUCACAGACCUCCUCUCCCCGUACCAACCCUCACGGUCCCUCAGAUCCACCUCAGCUGGUCUCCUCUGCAUCCAAAAGUCCAACCUCCGCAGUUUUGGAGACAGAGCAUUCUCCAGGGCAGCUCCCAGGCUCUGGAACUCCCUCCCCCAAGAGAUCCACACCUCUGAGUCCCUCACCAUCUUCCAGUCUCAUGACGGAGUGAUCAGUGUGCAGACAGCACUGUAUGGACAAGGAUACGUUGAUGUCAUCGGAGAGGUCGGUCUUCGACGGGUAGAUGACUUUCAGGUUGCCGUCCUGGUUCACUGUGCGGACCUGCUGAACGAUCAGUUGGCUGGAGUUCACCAUGUGACAUGUGAGCACUCUUUGGCAUACCUGCAGUGUGAUGAAGGGCAGGUUAUAUCUGUCUAUGGUGCUGAUUAUGGACGCUGCGACCAGAGCACAUGCACCUACAAACGGCCUGCUUCUGAGAUCCAAAAAACUGACUGCUCACGUCCCGCAAGCACAGUUUCUGACAGCUGCGAUGGGAAAAACAGCUGUAUUAUCAAAGCAAGCAACUCAGUAUUUGGAGACCCCGUUCCCGGCACUUUCAAGUACCUGGAGGUGGCUUACGUAUGUGUAUCCAGCAUAACAGCCUACAGGUGUGUCUCUUCCAGCCAGAAUCUGUCUUACUGUUCACCUCAGACCGGAUCUUCUAAAACCAUGUUCCGCUUCAGACUCAGCACCACACUGUUGCUGGCAGCAGCAUGUUCGCUCAUGACAGCAGUUGUCUCCACAGAGAGAGCUAUCACUUGUGGCAGCGACGGGAAUGUCCAGCACCUGAGCUGUGAUGACGGGGUGAUCAGUGUGCAGACAGCACUGUAUGGACGUGCAGACGCUGUGACCUGCAGUGAGGGAAGACCUCCGGCACAGCUCGCCAAUACACACUGCUCUCAAGCGGGGACAGUGGACGUCGUCAAGAAAAGGUGUGAUGGCAAGAGGGAGUGUGAACUAAACAUCAACGUUUUUUAUACCUCUGAUCCCUGCUAUGGCACCUACAAAUACCUGGAAACCACCUACACCUGCCUCCCAGCAAUUCACCUUGUUGCCUGUGAGGGCUCUUUGGCGCAACUCCAGUGUGAUCAAGGACAGGUUAUAUUUGUGUAUGGUGCCGACUAUGGACGUCGUGACCAGACCACCUGCAUUUACCAACGGCCUCCCAAUCAAGUUCAAAAUAUCUACUGCUCAAGCCCCACAGGCAAAGUUGCUGACAGCUGUAAUGGAAAAAACAGCUGUACCAUCGCAGCGAGCAACUCUGUGUUUGGAGACCCCUGCGUCGGCACCUACAAGUAUCUGGAGGUGGCUUACACAUGUGAUUAUCCUGGGACCUCUCUGCUUCCAUAGAGUUUACCUAUGUAAGCACACUGACAUUUCAGUCGUAUCACAAUAAACAUGCAUUCAAUUAAA